GCCGCGAUGGUGGCGGGGGCUCCGGCGGGGGGAGGCCUCUGAGAGCUGGCAACUAUUUUAAGGACUGACAAAUGUAUUCCAGAUUGGAAAAUGGCUGCAUCCCUUCGCUACCUCCGUUAGACAACUGACUUAACACAGGUGAAAAAAGAGUAGAAGUUGUAAGAAAAUGCUUGGAUCAGAACGCGGUGUGGUAGAAGAAUGGCUGUCAGAAUUCAAGGCGUUACCUGAAACACAGAUCUCCAAUUAUGCAGCCACAGUUCACCGGAAAAAAACAUUGGUGCCUGCUCUUUAUAAGGUCAUUCAGGACCCAAAUAAUGAGCUUCUGGAGCCCGUCUGUCACCAACUCUUUGAACUCUAUCGUAGUUCUGAGGUUAGUCUCAAAAGGUUCACGCUGCAAUUCUUGCCGGAACUGAUCUGGGUCUACCUGCGUCUGACAGCCAGCAAAGACCGGCAGAGCAACGGCUGUAUUGAAGCCCUGCUCUUAGGGAUUUACAACUUGGAAAUUGCUGACAAAGAUGGGAACAAUAAAGUUUUAUCCUUCACUAUCCCUUCCUUAUCCAAGCCGUCAAUUUACCAUGAGCCGUCUACUAUUGGAUCUAUGGCUUUGACGGAAGGAGCCCUCUGUCAACAUGACCUCCUCAGAGUAGUUUACAGUGACCUGCACCCUCAGAGAGAAACAUUCACGGCACAGAACAGGUUUGAGGUGCUGAGGUUUCUUAUGUUGUGUUACAACUCCGCCAUUGUCUACAUGCCUGCCUCUUCCUAUCAGUCGCUUUGUAGGAUGGGUUCCAGACUUUGUGUGAGUGGGUUUCCACGGCAACACGAAAAAUGCUGGAAGGAAGACUGUGGUAGAGUCGUCCUGGAUCCCGACUUCAUGGUUCAGCUCCUCACUGGAGUUUAUUAUGCUAUAUACAACGGACAGUGGGAACUUGGCCAAGAAGCACUGGAUGACAUAAUUUACAGAGCGCAACUUGAGCUCUAUUCUCAGCCACUGUUGGUUGCAAACGCGAUGAAGAAUUCUUUGCCCUUCGAUGCUCCCGACGCAUCGCAAGGAGGACAGAAAGUGCUGAAGGUGGAGGUGACUCCCACGGUGCCGAGGAUCUCUCGGACCGCCAUUACGACCGCUUCGAUCCGCCGACAUCGCUGGAGAAGAGAGGAUGGCUUUGACUUCUCAAACGAUGCUGACUUGAGCAUUCCUGGAUCCCCGAUCCUUUCCGGCUCCACAGACCUAGGGAUCAAACGCAAGCAAGAGGGGGACGUGCUGGUGCUCAGGACCCCUGAGCAUGGCUCACCGGAGCCCAACUUGGCAGCUGCCACCGCAGAGGAUGGUGACGGCAUCAAUGGAAGACAAGAAUCCGUGAAUCUGAAUGAUGCCGAUGAAGGAUUUUCAUCCGGGGCGUCGCUGAGCAGCCAGCCGGUUGGGACCAAACCGCCUUCCUCCACCCCCCAGAGGGGCAGCUUCCGGAAAGGAGGAAGUGGCCGUUCAGCCAAGGAGAAAGAAGCCGUCUCGGUUACCAAGUCCAGCGAGAGCCCUCGAGAGUCUGCUCGUAAGCAGUACCUGCACCAGUCGGUCGACCUGGGCACAGACGCAAUUGAAAUGACUCCUACAAAGAAGCACCUGAGCUUGCCCGCUGGGCAGGUGGUGCCAAAGGCCAAUAGCGUGAGCCUGAUCCGGACUGCCAGCGCUUCUUCCACUAGAUCGUUUGACUAUGUGAAUGGCAGUCAAGCAGGUUCCGGUGUUGGUAUCGGCAGCGAGGGUGUUACUAACUUGGCGGCUGGCAACACUAAUAGGUUUUCAACUAUUAGCCUGCAGGAGGACCGCUUAGGCCAGGCUGGAAAUGGGAAAGACGUCCUCUCGCCAGGAGCUCCUCUGACCAAGCAGUCCCGAUCCCCGAGUUUCAAUAUGCAAUUGAUAUCCCAAGUUUAGCUUUGUUGUCCUGCCUUCCCCGCCCC